AUGAAAGCACGUAAUGCACCAAUAGCAAACAUAGAAAAAAUGAAAUUAGUGAGGGAAGAAGAAGCAUGUAUGAAGAAAAACUGUCCAAAAGAAAAGACAUCUGCUCCAUGUGGAGAUGAUACAUUUCGGCAUGACCUAAUGGAAAUGAUGAACACGUUGACUACAAAGAUUAGAAGUAUGGAUACAGUUAUUGUUGAGAAGGUGUUGACUGCAGUAGACACAACCAUUGACGCUAAAGUAGAUGCAAGGGUUUGUCAAGCCGAGCUGGUACUUAACAAAAAAAUCUCAGAUUUAGAAGAAAUGAUUGACAAACUUAGACAUCAGAGGCAAGCUACUGCCCCUAAAAAUAAUGCAAACUUUGUUAACCAAGAAGAUGAAGUCAACAACAAUGAUCCAUUGGUCCAAGAUAAGACACCAUCACCUUUGGAUGCGGCAUCUCAGUGUGUGGUUAGAAAGAAAGGAAAAAAUAAUGAGUUCAAGCAAGAUAUUGAAAGGUCAUUCUCUCCUAUUCUACUUGAACGUGAGGGUGAGAAGGUUGUCGAAGAAAAGAAAGUAAAAAGAAGGUUGGAGGAUUCUUCUGCAACUUGGUCUAAUCCAGAGGACAAGGAAAGAUAUGGUGAAUUAGGUGCCACAUUAGACGAGUUGGCGGCAUCCUUGUUAGAUGGACCUUUGCAAAAAUGCAAGCCACAGCUGACAAAGACUCAAGUGUUUCCAUAUGUCAUAAGCUCAACUGUGAAGAGGAUCAUAACACACGAUGAUGAUUCUAAAGCCCACUAUGAUCCUUUAGAUAACGUUGAUGAGACAAAAUUGAAGAAGCUACUGGAUUUUCUGGAAAUCAUUCGUAAAAAGGAUGGAUACGAUGGAACGUCCAGUUCAGAAUCUCUCUUCUAUAAAAGGCCAAUAACACCAAUAGAUAAAUGGGAAACAUAUAAUUACGGGUGUCUAACAAAUUCU